CCACCCGAAGAAAACUCGGUGGCGUCGUGACGUGCGCUACUCCAGUACGAUCGAACGUCGCUCUCCUCCCGAUCCGCUGAUCUUUAUUUAACCCCAAUCGGUCGUAGAGGACGAUGCCUCUUUAAUUUCGGUUAAGCUACCUCCCACAAUGGCCUGGGGUUACUGGAGCGCCACGACGGUAUCGGACCGCGGCCGCAGCCCCCGACGGAACCAGAAUGGCACGGUCAACCACCAGCAGAGCAUGCCGGUGACCAUCGAGGACCGGCCGUCGGUCUCGCAGACGUACGCCGGUGUCCCCGUCAACUCCAACAACAACAAUACGUCUUCGUCGACAAACACCACGGUACAGAGUGAAUUCGAGGAAGUGCCAACGUUCUCCAGACGGCCUUCCCUGGACCUGACGCUGGUCGGUCCCCAGGGAGCUCUAGCGGGUAUUCUGUGUGCCGCGCACAGUAGCAAGCAGGGAGGGACGCUGUCGGCGGGUAACACUUUGACGAGGGUGGGCAGCAAGCACACGGCGGUGGAAUAUGCCGUGCCGCACCAUCUCUAUCACCAUCAUCCGACGUACAUUGAGUACCAUCACAAACAGUUGUCGUUUUCGGAUGACGAUAGUAGUUCUGAACCAGGAUACGCCACAGUUUUUCCAAAUGUGCCGCCGCAGCCGGGAAUGCCCUGCCAAGGGGAGGACAGGAGUAUUUAUAGGAGGGGUGCCAGGCGUUGGAGAAAACUAUAUAGGGUCAACGGUCACAUUUUUCAAGCCAAACGUUUUAAUAGAAGAGCGUUUUGCGCAUUCUGCAAUGACAGAAUAUGGGGCUUAGGCCGUCAAGGUUUCAAAUGCAUCCAAUGCAAGCUCCUUGUCCAUAAAAAAUGCCACAAAUUAGUACAAAUACCUUGUACAGUUGAAUUAGUAGAACCGUCUAUUCGAGAAGAACAUAAUGGUGAAUCCCCCUUAGUAACACAAACCACAAAUAACGAGAUUAUAACAGAGCUCCGAGAUAGAGAAUAUUCAGAACCACCUCCAGAUGUCACAGGUGAAUCGGUGCCUGUGGAGGACCCGAAUCGUCAGUCGGACGACCUGGAGGCCGGUUCUCAGCGUCAGUAUUCGUUGAACGACUUUGAGCUGAUUCGAGUGAUCGGGCGAGGUUCCUACGCGAAAGUGCUUAUGGUCGAAUUAAAGAAAACCAAGAGAAUCUAUGCAAUGAAAGUGAUCAAGAAAGCCCUAGUAACUGACGACGAAGAUAUCGAUUGGGUACAAACAGAGAAACACGUGUUCGAAACGGCCUCAAACCAUCCGUUUUUGGUUGGCUUGCACUCCUGCUUUCAGACUCCGUCGAGGUUGUUUUUCGUUAUUGAAUUCGUACGAGGUGGUGAUUUGAUGUUCCAUAUGCAGAGACAGAGGCGAUUGCCUGAAGAGCACGCUCGAUUUUACGCGGCUGAAAUUUCGUUAGCGCUGAACUUCUUGCACUGCAAGGGGAUCAUUUAUAGAGAUUUGAAGUUAGAUAAUGUUCUUCUUGAUCACGAAGGACACAUUAAAUUGACUGAUUACGGUAUGUGUAAGGAGGGAAUUAGGCCGGGUGAUACGACCUCGACGUUUUGUGGAACGCCUAACUAUAUAGCCCCGGAGAUUUUAAGAGGGGAAGAUUAUGGAUUUUCGGUAGAUUGGUGGGCUUUGGGGGUGUUAUUGUAUGAAAUGUUGGCGGGAAGGUCGCCGUUUGAUAUUGCGGGAGCUUCGGACAAUCCCGAUCAAAAUACCGAAGAUUAUUUAUUCCAAGUGAUUUUGGAGAAGACGAUUAGGAUACCGAGAUCGCUUAGUGUGAAAGCAGCUAAUGUUCUGAAAGGUUUUCUUAAUAAGAACCCGGCUGAUAGGCUAGGGUGCACCAGUCAUGACUCCUUUAUGGAAAUUACUACCCAUCCAUUUUUCAAGAGCAUUGAUUGGGAUCUGCUCGAACAGAAGCAAAUUCCGCCCCCUUACCGGCCCCGACUCGACUCCGACAGAGACCUGGCUAACUUCCCGCCCGAAUUUACGGAUGAACCGGUGCACCUCACCCCUGAUGACCCGCACGUGAUCGAGAAGAUCGACCAAUCCGAGUUCGAGGGCUUCGAAUAUGUGAAUCCCCUGCUCAUGUCUCUAGAGGAUUGCGUGUGACAUAACGUCCUUUGCGCUUUACAUCCCAACAAUUUACCCCCACCUCCGCUGCAUCGUCAUCCCCCACCACUGUUCCCGCCGCCGCCGCCGCCCCCCGAUAUCGACGACUACGACGACGCUGGUUAUUUGCAAGUUGAUAUGAGGCCAAGUAAGUCCAUCUUGCAAAACAUUUUCUGCCUUCCUCUAAAUUAAAAAGAAACACUAAGUCGGGGAGAAGGAGUAAGGAGCAGCAACGGCAGGCGCACCAUACGUUGGUUCUUCCAUAUUUUAAAUAACAAUGAGAGUGGGGAUAGAAAAUGUUCCUCCACCAUUUUUUUGUUGCUAGCACAGAUCGCAGUAGGUGUUGACGCCUCUAAAAAGUUAAUAUUGUUGCAAAAACCAUGAGUUUGUAUUACAAUACUAGAAAAAUAAUUGCCAACGAAGCUUUGUAAUAAUAAUCAUAGGGAAAUUUUCUGCACUCAGACUUGAUAGUUGUAAAUACAAAAUAAAAAUGGAGAUUUGACGGGAAAGUAGGUUGGUAUUGUUUUCAUUAAAUUUGUUUCGAUUAUUGUUAUUACGGUCGUUGAUGUUUUAACUCUUACGUGAUGUUUGGAAAACAAUUUAUUUUUUGUUGAGGUUUUUUUUUCUGUAUAGUACUGGUUUCGUUGACCUGCACAUUCCUCUGAUGUAUUAUUGAAUUUAGUAUUAAAAUAAUUGAAACAAAUCAUUGACUGAUGACGUCACAGUAGACCAUUCGUGAUGGUUACUAGAAUUUUGUAUAAUAUACACAAAUUGAGAAUGACUAUAUAAUAUUUAGAGUAGCCACAAAGUAUAUAUCUCGCUUUACAACUUUAUUAUAACUGUUGGUAUUCCUUCCAUUUAUUAUUUUUUUUAAGAAUACAAUGUUAAGAAUUAUUUAUAUGAAGUUUAAGUAUUAUUUUUUACAUUCCAAAUACUUUGGGACUGUCCAUUCACUUAUAUGUUAGCGUUACAAUCUUAGGUUCCAUGAUGUUUGUAUUAUUUAAUAAAGAACUAAUCAGAA